CUUCUCCUUGCUCUGCCAGCACAGCAGCUACAAAAACGACGACAACGGCACUCUCAACCUCGACCCAUCGCAUCCUUCUCGGGCUCGCCUCAAUUACAGCACCGUACAAGGCCUCCAUUGGUAUCGUCCAGCCAUCUCUUUUCUACUCUAGGCGUUGGUGUCGUGGCUUCGUUCCAUCACUAACAUAGCCGGGCCAGGCAUUCACUUCAGCACGACCUCUAUCUCGUCCUAUCUCACAUCCAUCAAUCCAUCAUGUCUACCCUCACCAAGGUCGACUCCGCCGUCGCUGGCCUCCCCUCGCCAGCAGAAAAGAAGACAGCGAAGAAAGACACGACAAAGAAGAAUGCAAACCCGGAUGUCAUGAACAUCAAGGACCUAGAAGAAAAAGGGAUCGAACUCCAGAUAGCCAUAGAAACACAGAAGCUCAACUGGAAGCUCAACACCUCGCCUGCGUCCCUGGAGGACAAGGAUGCCCUCAAGAAGUUUCUCACCACACCCCCCGUCAAGAAGAUUGACCUACACUUCCCACUUGGCCUUGAGGUCACUGCUCGAAACCUCAAGGGCGUAACUAUCAAGGAUGCUCUCGAUGCUAUCUACAAGCAAUUCAAAAAGAAGGUAAGCUUCUAG